AUGAUGAAUGCUUACAAUGAGGCCGAUUGGGGUGUCUCUACGGAUGGAGACGUAUUCUCUCCUUCAUUCGACCAUCGAGAUUCGCUUGGCCAGUUCAACCCAUUCCAAGACUACGAGACGACGACUCCUUCUUCUGCUGCUGCAGCUGUCGAUACAACGUCCCGUGCAUCCACGCCAGAUCUACCUACAACAACGGAUACGAAUGCGUCCAAUGUAUACAUGAAGAUCCAUGUGGAUGAUCCACAAAAGCAAUCAGCAGCUGUGCAAGGAUCCUUUAUCAGUUAUUUGAUUACGACAGAGACCAAUAUAGAGACAUUUGCAUCAAAACGAUCGAGAUCUGUACGUCGACGCUAUCAAGACUUUGUAUGGCUCCAUGAGAGUUUAUCGCUUGAAAAUCCUGCAUGUAUUGUGCCACCACUACCGGAGAAGCACCGAUUGUCAUACAUCAAUGGCGACCGAUUCAGCGAUGCGUUUCUUGAACGACGGCGAUUAGGGCUCCAAUGGUUCUUGGAUCGUAUUGCUUGUCAUCCUUCUUUGCAACGAUCACAGUGCACUCGUAUAUUUCUGGAAUCACCCGACUUUAAAAAUGACAAGCGUGCCAUUCAAGCAACACACGUCCCGAAGCCUCCCUCCAUUUUGGAUACAUUGGGUGAUGUCUUGAUGAACGCCUUUACUAAGGUCAAGAAACCGGAUCAGCGCUUCAUUGAUAUGCAAGAAUACGUGGAUAAGCUGGAGGACAAUAUACGCAAUAUUGAAUUGCUCUAUGCACGGAUCAGCAAACGGCAAACCAGUUUGCAACAUGACUACGUGAGCUUUGCUUGGAGCAUUCGGGAAAUCUCGGCCAUGGAAUCAUCCAUUGAUAUGCCAUUACGACAAUUUGCAGAAACCACGGAGACCUAUUCUAAAUACCUAAAGGAUAUGACCAACACGGAGGAUAUCCUGUUUCUCAAUGAUCUACAUGAACUACUCGCCUAUUGCCAAGCUGUCAAGGAUGUGCUACAAAGGCGGGAUGAAAGCCAAAUCGACUUUGAAGAGCUAUCGGUUUACUUACAGCGAACAUUGGCUGAACGCGAGAAGCAUCCUGAAAAGAGUGCAGAGUUGGAACCAAAAAUCAAAGAGCUUGAAGCUGAAGUGGCAAAGACCAGUGAUAUCACCAAUGAAUUUUCAGAGCAAAUGACAGAAGAAUUUGAGAUCUUUCAGAAAUCAAAAGCAACAGAACUCAAACAAGGCAUGCUGGCUUAUGCAGAUAGUCAUAUCGACUUUUACACAAAGGGUGCAGCUUUAUGGGAAAGCAUCUUGCCAGUGUUGGAAAGCAUCCAAUUGGACGACGAUGGCAACAACAACACCAACAACUCCAUUGAAGAAGAAGACGAUGCAUGA